AUGGGUAAGGCUCAGAAAAAGACCGGUAAGGGUCGUCUCGACAAGUACUACAAGCUUGCAAAAGAACAAGGCUAUCGUGCCCGUUCAGCCUUUAAGCUCAUCCAGCUCAACAAAAAGUACUCCUUUCUCGAGUCUUCACGAUGCUGUAUCGACCUGUGUGCCGCUCCCGGUGGUUGGCUACAAGUAGCGAGUAAAUACAUGCCCGUGAACAGUCUCAUCGUCGGUGUCGACUUAGUUCCAAUAAAACCUAUCCCCCGCGUCUCCACCUUCGCCGCCGACAUCACCACCUCCCACUGCCGCAACCUCCUCCGCGGUGAACUCAAAGACUGGAAAGCCGACGUCGUCCUGCACGAUGGUGCUCCUAACGUCGGUACCGCCUGGGUUCAGGACGCCUACUCCCAAUCUGAGCUCGUGCUCAUGAGUCUCAAACUCGCAGUCGAGUUCCUCAUCAAGGGCGGGACAUUCGUGACCAAGGUCUUCCGUAGCGUGGACUACAACAACCUCAUCUGGGUGUUCAACCAGUUGUUCGGGAAGGUCGAGGCGACGAAGCCGCCUUCUUCACGUAAUGUCUCCGCCGAGAUUUUCGUCGUCUGUCGUGACUUCCACGCACCAAAACAUAUAGACCCCAAAUUCCUCGAUCCCAAGCACGUCUUCAAGGAUCUUUCCGCCACGACCGCCACAGGCGAUAAAGGCUCCUCAGCCAACAACGUCCAAGCUAACGUUUUCCAGCCCGAAAAGAGCCGCCGAAAACGUGAGGGUUACGCGGAUGGAGAUUACAUACUCUUCAACAAGGUUGGAGUGUCGGAGUUCGUGAACUCUGCGGAGCCGAUCGCGGUCCUUGGAUCCGUGAACCAGAUGGUGUUCCAGACGGAGGAGGAGAAAGAGUGGGCUGCAAUGGAUAUCACCACCACCGACGUCAAGGCCAACCUUGACGACUUGAAAGUGCUCGGGAAGGGUGACUUCAAAACUCUACUGAAGUGGAGGACAGCGCUUCGCGAGGAGCUCGGUCUGGACGUGAAGACGAAAUCCACCGAAGACGCCACCGAAGUCGUCGAAAUCACCGAAGACAUCGACGAAGAAGAACAGAUCCAAAAGGAGCUCGAGCGACUCAACGCAGAAGCCUCCGCCCGCACGAAACGCGAGCGCCGAAAAGCAAACGAAGUCAAGACGCGGACGAUUCAACGCAUGCAGCUCUCCAUGACCGCGCCGCUCGAUAUCGGUCUGGAACAGCAGGACCAGGCUUUGAUUGCGGACGAGGACAUGUUCGAUCUUGGAGACACGGAGAGGGUGUUGAAGAAGAAGGGGGGUGUUUCGAAGUUUGCGAGUCGGAACCAGGAUGAGGACGAGAGUGAGGAGGAGGACGAGGAGGAGAGUGAGAGUGAGGAGGAGGGGUUGGAUUCGGAUGAGGAGAGGGAGAAGAAGACGAAGGGGCUGGAGGACGAGUUGGACGGGCUAUAUGAUUCGUAUAAGGAGAGGUUGGCGGAGCGAGAUUCGAAGUAUAAGGUGAAGGAGGCGAGGAAGAAGAAUAAGGAGCGAGAGGAAUGGCAUGGGAUCAAGGAAGCUAAGGAUGGGAGCUCGGAUGAGGAGGAAGACGAGGAAGGUGGCUGGGACGUGAUGCAGAAGGCGAAGGGAAGAAAUGACCAAUCUUCGGAUGAGGAGAGUGAUAGUAAUGAGGAGGUAGAGGACCAGGAUGUGUCGGCAGGACAGAAGAGGAGAAGACCGGGCCAAGUACAGGAGAACGGGAAGAAGAAGGCCAGGUUCGCUACUGAAGAUGCGAAGGUCGUUCCAGCUUCAAGCCGCGCAGCAGACCUUUGGUUUAGUCAGGACGUGUUCGGCGGCAUGGAUGGUCUGGAUGCGAUCCCUGACAGCGAGGAAGAGAGUGGCCUUGAUGCUGAAGACGUUGAGACGGAAGAGGAGGCCAGUGAAGAGGAGGCUGAUGAGCCAUCAGCAAGUGAAGAUGACGACGACUUCGAGGUUGUUCCUCAAGAACCAGACGACACUGACAUGUGGGAUGUCGCAGACGAAAAUGAGGACGAAGCCAAGCAGGCACAAAUCCGGAAACACGGCCUCCUCACCGCCGAAGCAGUCACACUAGCCCAACAACUCGUCAACCGCCAGACGACCAAAACCGACCUCAUCAACGAAGGCUUCACCCGCUACUCCCUCAACUCCAAAGACGACCUCCCCGACUGGUUCCUCGACGACGAAUCAAAACACUACAUGGCCAACAUCCCCAUCACGAAAGAGGCCAUCCAGUCUCUCCGUGCGAAGCAACGCGCGCUCGACGCCCGGCCUAUCAAGAAGGUCGCUGAAGCCAAGGCUCGGAAGAAGUUCAAGGCGGCGCAGAGGUUGGACAAGGCGAUGAAGAAGGCGGAGGGAGUGACGCAGACGGAUGAUAUGACGGAGAGGGAGAAGGCACAGCAGGUGGAGAAGUUGAUGAGGAAGGGGUUGAGCAAGGGAAAAAAGGAGAAGAAGGACAUCAAGGUCGUCGUGGCGAAGGGCGUAAACAGGGGAGUAAAGGGGAGGCCGAAGGGUGUAAAGGGUCGGUAUGCGAUGGUGGACUCGAGAAUGAAGAAAGAGAUGCGAGCCAAGAAGCGGAAGGAGAAAGAGAACAAGAAGCGGAAACAUUGA